AUGACUGCCGGUGCCGUUUUAUUAGGUGGUCUGACACGUCUAACGGAAAGUGGUUUAUCAAUGACUGAUUGGCGAUUGAUACGCGAUAUGAAACCACCACGUACACAAGAAGAAUGGGAUAAAGAAUUUGAACGCUAUAAACAAUUUCCCGAAUAUCAGUUGAUAAAUCGUCGUAUUACAUUAAAUGAAUUUAAGCGAAUCUAUUAUAUGGAGUAUCUUCAUCGUAUGUGGGGUCGUCUCACUGGUCUGGUAUUUUUUAUUCCUGCUGUUUAUUUUUGGCAACGUCGAUAUUUUGACAAAGGACUUAAAAUUCGAUCAAUUGUGUUUGGUGCAUUAAUUGGUUUUCAAGGUGCACUCGGUUGGUACAUGGUAAAAUCAGGUCUUAAAAAUGAAACAUUAAUCGAUAAUUAUCCACGAGUAUCACCUUAUCGUUUAGCAGCACAUUUGGGGACAGCCUUUAUCUUGUAUAGCGGAUUUCUAUGGAACAGUUUUCGCUAUUUAUUUCCAUCUGAACGACAAGUUGUCUCCAAAAUAUGGGGUAUGAGGGUGCAUGGUCUGCUAACGUUAGUAUUCAUAACAGCUGUUGCUGGUGCAUUUGUUGCGGGACUUGAUGCUGGUCUCGUUUAUAAUACAUUUCCUAAAAUGGGUGAUCACUGGAUACCAGUCGAAUAUAAUCAUCUAAAACCAUGGUACAAAAAUCUAUUUGAAAACCCGGCUGCUGUACAAUUUAAUCAUCGUGUAUUAGGUAUCACAACAACAGCAGCUGUCAUGGCGUUUGCAUUUAUGUCACGUGGAAAAGGUUUUGGACGUCGUGCAGCCAUGGCACGAAAUUUAGUAGCAGCCAUGGUUCUAAUUCAAGCAACAUUGGGUAUAUCGACAGUUUUGUACUAUGUUCCAACAUCUUUAGCAGCUUCACAUCAAAUGGGUUCAUUGACGCUUUUAUCGUUAACGUUGUGGCUUGCUUAUGAAAUGCGACGUUUACCAAAAGUUUAA